AUGGCUGCCAGAGUGCUGUUGCGACGGCGUGCCGCCGCGCCUUUCAUGGCUGCAACUCUUGCCGCAGGAGCUCUAAUUCCCUCGGUGGCCUUCGCAGAGGCGCCAGAAGAUCUGUCCAAGAAGCCCAUCUACGAUGACUUCGAGAUCCCCAUCCCCAAGGGCAGCGGCCCCACGCCCUCGCCCUUCUCAGACACAAUCCCGCGUGCCUCGUCGCCAGAGUCGCCCGCAUCAGAGAUCAAGCCCAACCCCAGCCGGGGCCCGACACCCACAGACCGCCUCGCCGUGCAGAUCGGCCGCGCACGCCUGUUCCUCUACGAGCACGCCACGCGCGCCGAGGACGCCGUCAACGCCGGCAUGGACCGGGCGUUCAACCUCGAGAAGUCCUUCACCCAGACCAUCGCCUCCCUGGCGCCGCCCCGCGAGACCGGCGAGAAGCUGAUGCCCGGCCUCGUCUACGUCCUGGUCGCCGGCAUGGCGGGAAGCAUCGUCAGCCGCAACCGCAACGUCCUGCUCCGCGCCACCGUGCCCCUGGCCCUGGGCAUCGGCGCCGGCUGGCUCGUCAUCCCCGUCACCAUGAACAACGUCAGCGGCCUGCUCUGGCAGUACGAGCAGAAGUUCCCCGCCGUCGCGCAGGCCCAUAUCCAGACGAGGGAGAGCCUGUUCAAGACCGUGGAGUUCGCCAGGGUCCACUCCCAGAUCGGCAAGCAAUACGUUGAUGAGAAGGUGACGAGCGCUCGGGAUACCGUCGAGGGAUGGGUCGCCAAGGGUAAAUAA